GUCAGAGCGUGUGACGCUGAGCCCACGAAUGGGCAAGGCCUGUCAGAAAAUGGCUGCUCUAGGAUGAGGCGUAGGGUGUACUAAAACAGCAUAUGUGUACAACUAAAGAAUGUAAUCUACUCACCAGGAAACAGAUAAGUUGUGGCUCCCUCUGAAGUGUACACAUGCUAGAAAACCUGUGCUUGUUUCCACAUAAUGUGUGCACCUUCUGCACUGUGAUAACUAAUCCAGACAAACUUGGAUGUUUGGACCCUGCUUUGCCUAUCACACAUCUGUUGAGUCUAUGGGGAAAACCUCACCUUUUUUUUCCUGACACUGAAUAAGGCAAAUAUGCUACAAAUAACGGUGAGAGCUUGGCUGGAAAGCCAGCGGACACUGGUGAAUGCAAGUCUGCAGAGUUGCUUAUUGCAAAAGCAACUUAACAGUUGGCACAGGAAUCUUAGCACAAGCUGCACAAGGUGUUCGAAGUCUCGCCGGCUUGGACAUAAAAGGAAUAUUUCGGAAAAGAAGCUGACCAAAUACUUCGUAGAUCAUCGAAGGGUGUAUAUGAUAGCAGGCAAAGGAGGUGAUGGUAUUAGCUGUUUUCUCAGUGAACCUCGAAAAAUAUUCGGAGGUCCUGAUGGGGGAGAUGGAGGAAAUGGGGGUGAUAUUAUAUUGAAAGUGGAUCGGCAAAUCAAAUCCCUGGUUUCUAUUCCGUCACUCUAUAGAGGUUUUAGUGGAGAAGAUGGUGGGAGCAAAAACUGUUAUGGAGCUGCUGGUAAAUGCACUUACAUUAAGGUUCCCAUUGGGACAGUGGUGAAGGAGAACUGUGAAGUUGUGGCUGAUCUCAACCAGCACGGUGAGGAAUUCGUUGCAGCCUACGGUGGAGCUGGAGGAAAAGGCAAUCGUUUCUUUCUGGCCAAUGACAAUCGAGCACCAAGAACUGCUACUCUAGGAGAACCGGGUCAAACCAGGACUCUCUAUUUGGAGCUCAAGACGAUGGCCCAUGCAGGGAUGGUAGGAUUCCCUAAUGCUGGAAAGUCAUCACUGCUGCGAGCUAUCUCCAAUGCAAAACCAGCUGUGGCUUCUUACCCGUUCACGACCUUAAAUCCACACGUAGGCAUUGUCCACUACGAAGGCUAUGAGCAAGUUGCAGUCGCUGAUAUCCCUGGAAUAAUAAGCGGAGCCCAUCAAAACCGGGGCCUUGGCUUCGCCUUCCUAAGGCACAUAGAACGCUGCCGCUUUCUUCUGUAUGUGUUGGAUCUCUCGCUGUCUGAGCCGUGGACUCAGCUGGAAGACUUGAAAUAUGAACUGGAACAGUACGGUAAAGGCCUGUCAAAGAGACCUCAUGCCAUCAUAGGAAAUAAGUUUGAUCUUCCACAGUCAAAGAGGAAUUUACCCCUCCUUAAAGAGCGAGUGGAACAGAGAAUAAUCCCAUUGUCCGCUCUGACGGGAGAAAAUCUGGAGGAAUUACUGUUGCAUCUGAAAGAACUGUAUGAUGACUACGUAAAAGCAGAAGAAGCACAGAGUCAGAAGCCUGUGAGGUGGUAGCUGCUCCUCUUUAGCCAUAUUUUGGAAGAAAGGGAUAGAGAAAUAUACAUUGUUCUCAGAACAUCUGCCUGUCUUCAGCCGUUUCCCAUAGAAUUUUCGAUCUACCUAAAAGCUAACAAGGACACACAAGUACCUCUCUUUUUUCUUAUUGGGAGUUAAUGACACAGAGCAGCCUUCCCCUCCAAAUAUGUUGGACUACAUCCCCCAUAAUGCCCCAGCCAGCUAAAAUGAGAGUUGUGGUCCCACAAAUCUGCAGGGCCGCAGGUUGGGGAGCGCUGCACUGUAGUAGCUCUAGUUGUAUGUGUGUAGGCUGUAUUCACACUAAAAACAUAGAGGUUGAGAGGGGAGGCAGCAGGUUCAGUUCAUCUCAUCCCACCCAACCCCAUGCCUUCAGUGCUGUGUCCAGUCCUUUCUAUGGAUCCCUACGUGCUAGAAUCUUCCUUUAUUUUAAUUUAAUUUUAUUGGUAUUAAGGAAGUAUGCAGAGUUUUGCCAGCCCAAUGUACAAUUAGUGGGCAAGAAAGACCGGCCAUCUGUGACAGAGGAGCCUGUAAGGCAAGUAAUUAAUUAAGCAAAACAUGAGGUCUAUAAUGCAGUAGAGAAUUAAGUGUGUUUAAGCCUAUUGAUUUCACUGGGAUUAAGCCGCCUUAAUUCUGUGUUGGGUUGUGGCCACAGUCUGUUCCAAGGCACAUGAAGAUCAGAGGCAGCCAAUUUUUUUUGUUAGUUGGGGGAAGAAAACAUGGAAAGACAGUGACUUGACUUGUUUUAGCACAUCUUUCAAAGACGCUUUAAUCCUUUUGGCUGUAUUGCUUUGAAUGUGGUCCUUGGUUACCCGUUAGUAGAAUACAAAAUGCUGAAUAGCUAAGAAGGAAUAAGAAUUCUCUAUUCAUUGGAUUGCUCUUUCAGCAACUGCUCUUUUAUUGUCUGUUUUUGUUUACUCUUAAGCUUCCAUUUCUUAAUGGGAGGAAAUGGCAGGAUAGGAGGACGGAUUAAUGCUCAUAAUUAGUAUUGGUCAGUGUAGCUGCAAAAGAACUCAUCACAUAUAAUGGGAGAAAGUACCGAUCCUGACUUUCUGCCACCAAGGGCUCAUUACUGACCAGUUUCUGGCUUUCAGCAGUGUUGAAAACUGAUGAUUAGAGAUAUGUGACCUAUCCAAAGAUCAACUCAGAUAACUGGAAAUGUCCCAGUUUCCUCCAGGAAAAGAUGAGAAGAAAUUGGGUAGUUUGUGUGAGCCAAUUUGCAAGUUUGGUAUAAUUUCCACUGUCACCCCAAACCCACCCUUUCCUUCCAUUUAAAUGGUGGGGUGAGCGCCUCUCCUUCACCCUGAAGGAGGUCAACUGAAGGGAUGGGAGAACUCACCUGCGUCAGAUUCAGCGGACGCUCGCCCUGCUGCCAUCUGACCCUGCUUGUCGGAUUGCGCAAGCUUUUGAGGCUUGGAGAGGGCCAAUGAAACUCCACCCUCACUCCGGAAAUUGCACAUUUCCCCCUUUGCGUAAAUGGCGGUCGUAAAGCCCCCAUUCAUGCAAGAAUAAAGACGUAAACAGAGCAUUCACACCUUUACUCUUGCGUAAAUGGGGCCUUUCCGGCUGCCAUUUAUGCAAGGGGGAAAUGCGCAAUUUCCAGAGCCUCAGCACACAAUGGAGGCUCCGGAUGAGGGCAGACAGCUGCUGAGCACGCUCAGAGCAUGAGUCCACGAACGCGCUGCAGCACCAGACUGGGUCCGGGAGGGUGGACGCGGGAGAGUCCAUCAGACUCCCAGGCUCAGUCGGGCACCCGCGACAUCCCUAACAGUGCUUGGGAGAACUGCAUCUUCAGUGGUUUAGAACAUAAGAAGAGCCUUGAUACUGGAUCAGACCGAGGGUCCAUCUAGUCCAGCACUCUGUGAACAACCAGCUGUUGGCCAGGAACCCACAAAGCAGGACAUGGUACAACAGCACCCUCCUAUCUAUGUUCACAAGCAACCGGUUGCCACUGGGAGCUUGGGGGUGAGGAGAGGUGAUUUUUACCAGGACCGCAAGAAAAGGUCAGACUGCCUCAUUCCCAUAGUCCCGAUACUUAUCAGGGCUCCCUGCACUUCCUGUACUUUUUGUUGUAAACAACUCCCUGUACUUUUGUGUUUGGUGGUGAGUCAACACCGGUACUGAUGUGAUUUCAUCAAAUAUGGGCACAAUCCUAUGCAUGUUUAGACAGCAAAAAGUCUGCCGGGGCAAUGCAUGUAGCCCCGUUUUCUGUCUAAACAUGCAUUGGAUCGCGCCCAAAGAAUUCUUUGUGACAGCCCUAAUUCUUUCUAAGGUUGCUCUGGGACACGGUGGCACAAAGCGCCCCAGAGGAGAAAGCGAUUAUUUCUUGGAAAGAGCUGUGAGCUUUCCUGCUUGUGUGACGAGUGUCUUGCCUUUUAUGAGGGCCAGCUGGGUCUUUGCUCUCAACCCCAGUGUCUGUCUGAGAAGCUGCUAAACAGCCUAACGGGAUGGGCGAAUGCUCCUGAUCGUGUAGUUAGAUCUCUUUGUUCAAAACAUGUUGUCCUGAGAGGAUGCUCUUUAACGGGAUUAACCUUGAAGAGAUUUUGGAAGUUCCUGGCAUCCAUUCAUCUUCAAGUGAACAGCGCUAAUUAGUCCUCAUGUUUAUUAUUCUUAUUGAGUCAUGAAACUUGAUUAAGAUAAAAGGAGGUGGGGAGUGAAGGGAAAGGGGGGUUUGCUGUAAAUUGCUGAAGGUAGCUAAUUGAAACGGCCAUAGACACAGCUCUGGCCUUCCCUGGUGUAGAAGUGUCUUAUGACUGCCUCUUUCUGCUCAUGACCACCACCAUCAUUUAAAAUGGGCAAAAAAUAAAAGACAGAAAGACUGUGGCUAAAGAAAAACCCCAAAUCUAGUUUAGUUUAUGUCAACUGUUUUGUUUUUAAGCUUUCAUCUGGCCAUUUGGGGUUUUUCCGAACGCCAGUUGGGAGUCUGCCCUAGUAAACCUCCUAAGGCAGGAAGUCUUAUAGCUGCGGUGCUACCACUGAGAAGGCUCUAGUCCUGCUGCCAUGCUUGAAAUUGUGGGGGCACUUGCAAAAGAGCCUCCUUUAGCUCUUUCUCUGUGUAAGGAGCAAUAUAUGGAAGGAGGUAUCCCUUCAGAAGGGAAUGCGUCUAAGCCACAUAGAACCUACUGGUGAAAAUUAGCUACUUGAACUGGCCCCGCAAACAGAUAACAAGUGUACAUCUUUUAGGGCUGGUGUUUAUUUAGCCAUUCAUUCAUUUCAUUUCUAUACUGCCCAAUAGCCAAAGUUCUCCGUUCUGGGAUCCCAACAACGUGGACAAGUUAAAAAUCUCCCUCCUGCUUUGCGUACCAGUUGAAGUUUAUGAAUUGUCUUCAAAGGC